AUGACGGAAUUGGGAAAAUAUGCCGAUAUACACGCACAACAGGGUGUUAUCAGUGUGCUAAAUAUCCUUACGGCUGGCGCUUCUCCAGAAAGAAGCAUGAUGGAUGCUCUAACACAGAUCAUGCUGGGUGGAAUAUUUCGAGGAAUCAUACUGGUAUACUUGGGAUACUUUAAUGGGAUCGUGAAGAAGUGCUAUCGAAGAAGAUUGCUCGCGAAGGAGUCCUGUAAGGCUGAUUAUUUGAAAUUACAAUCAUGGGAAAGUCCUGUGUCACUUGCACUCUACAUCGAUCGUGGUUCAUCAGGAGCUUUACAAUAUCUCUUGGACUUGCAUCGAUGUAAUCGAACCAUCGCAGAGAAG